CAUCCACAUAACACCCACCUACCUGUCAUUCUUUUCAUUCCCCACAGCCAAGUAUACCAGAGAGAGAGCACGAGAGAGAGAGAGAGAUUAACAAAUGGAUUCACCAAAAUACUCCUCCGACUCGUAUACUCUCGCCGCCGGCACAAGUUCCGAUAACGAUAGUCCCCGAACUCCGUACGCCGUCAACGAAACUCUCCGUCUCCUUCAAUCCGACGAUCUCUCUUCCAAAAUUGAAGCUGCCAAACAAAUCCGACGCCUCAGCAAAACUUCCCACCGCAAUCGCCGACACUUCUCGUCGGCGAUUCCACAGCUCGUCGAUAUGCUCCGUUCUGACUCGGUCGAGUCCGCUCAGUCCGCGCUUCUCGCGCUCCUCAAUCUCGCCGUCAAAGAUGAAACAAACAAGAUAAGUAUCGUUGAUGCUGGUGCCUUGGAACCAAUUAUUGGUUUUCUUCACUCAGAUAGUAACAUGCAGGAGCAUGCAACUGCUACUCUGCUCACUCUUUCUGCUGCUUCUGUCAAUAAGCCAGCUAUCGUGGCUUCAGGGGUUAUACCUUUCCUUGCGGACAUUUUAAGAGAUGGGAGCCCACAGGCGAAAGUUGAUGCUUUAAUGGCUCUUUACAAUCUGUCAACUCACCCUGAUUAUUGUAAAUUAAUUAUUCAUGCAGAACCUGUUCCUUCGAUAGUCUACUUGCUCAAGACCUGUAAAAAGUCUUCAAAACUAGCUGAAAAAUGUAGUGCAUUGAUAGAGUCUUUGGUUGAAUUUGAAGAGGCUAGAAUUGCAUUAACUUCUGAAGAAGGUGGAGUGCUUGCAAUUGUAGAAGUGCUUGAAAGUGGAUCUCUUCAGAGCCGAGAACAUGCACUUGGUACACUUUUGACCAUGUGUCAAAUCGAUCGAUGUAAAUAUAGAGAACCAAUCCUUAGAGAAGGUGUAAUUCCUGGUCUUCUUGAGCUGACUGUUCUAGGAUCCCAGAGAUCCCAGUUUAAAGCACAGACGCUUCUGAGGUUGUUGAGAGAUUCUCCCAAUCCAAGAACUGAUAUUCAACCUGAGACACUUGAGAAUAUCGUGUGCAAUCUUAUAUCUCAAAUCGAUGUGGAUGAACAAUCUGGGAAAGCAAAGCAGAUGUUGACUGAGAUGGUUCAGAUCAGCAUGGAACAGAGCUUGAGACAUUUACAGCAACGGGCUAUGGUAUGCACCCCUACGGAUCUGCCUAUUACUAGCUGUGCGUCCGAAGUUUCUUUAAAAUGAUUGUCUGCAUGUAUCAGAUCUUCUUUUGUUUUUGUUUUGAAACUUUCACGGGUAUGGGGUUUUGGGGAACUACUGUACAAAUGAAUAAAGAAGAGAUAGGACGAGGAAAGCCAGUCCAGGCCUAUGUGAUGGUAUCAAGUGACUGGUAAGUAUUGUAAUAAACUGGAUAUACAAAGAGGUGGUUAAUAGUAAUAGUUUAUGUACUAUGUUUGGAUCAAAUACUCUGUUAUAAACUUAUAAUUGUAGUACUACUGCAACAAUCGGAAGUGUUUCUCA